GCGACGCGCUGUGUCUUUUGCAGGACCAACUUACACCGUGGCAGCCAACAACCAUGGAGCUGCUGGUGGGCUCAAACUCAUCGACAGCUGCGGCGGUCACCUUCAUCACCUUUGUGCAAGACCUAAAGCGCAAGACCAAGCAAUGGGGACCUAUGAUCGAACUCUGUGCGAGUGGCGAAAAAACGUUGGAGCGCUUCCGCUACCAGUUUCCGGAUGAUUGGCUUUAUAGUGACCAGCUACAAGGAGAGUGGAGUGCGUUCAAUGAGAUUUUGAAGAGGAAGAAUGAUUCCAUCCAGGAGCAACUAGCGGGACUUCAGCUGAAGAUUAUAGCUGAGGACAAGAUUGUAGAGAACAAGAUCAACGACAUCAUACAGGAAUGGGAGCAGACGCGUCCUGUCCAAGGCAACAUGCGUGCGGACACUGCUCUGAACGCCAUCAACGUAUUCGAGGGCAAACUGAACCGCAUACAAGAAGAGUACGAUCUGGUUUGCAGAGCGAAGGAAGCUCUAGACCUUGAGCUCGUUCGGCAUACGCGUCUUGAGCCCAUAUUCGAGGAGUUGCGUGACCUGAAGGCGGUAUGGACCGCUCUCUCCGGAAUCUGGAGCCAGGUCGGAGAACUACGCGAGAUGGCAUGGGCGACGGUGCAGCCGCGAAAGCUCAGGCAACAGCUCGACGGACUGUUGACGUCAACCAAGGAUAUGCCUACGCGCAUGAGGCAGUAUGCUGCAUUCGAAUACGUGCAAGAUGCUCUGCGUGGCCUGUUGAAGGCGAACAGUCUGGUGUCAGAGUUGAAGUCAGAGGCACUCAAGGAUAGGCAUUGGAAGCAGCUCUUCAAGGUGUUGCGUGUGCCGAAUCAAAUCAGUUUGACAUUAAUGACCUUGGGCCACGUUUAUGACAUGGAUCUACGCAAGAACGAGAAUACCAUCAAGGAAGUCAUUAUUCAAGCGCAAGGAGAGAUGGCUCUCGAAGAGUACAUUCGGCAAGUGAAGGAGACAUGGACAAGCUAUACCCUUGACCUUGUUAACUACCAGAGCAAGUGUCGUCUCAUCCGUGGUUGGGACGAUUUAUUUAACAAGUGCAGCGAGAACCUGAACUCGCUCGUUGCGAUGAAGUUGUCGCCUUACUAUAAAGUUUUUGAAGAAGAGGCCGGUUCUUGGGAAGAAAAACUGAAUCGCAUUCAUGUUCUCUUCGACGUGUGGAUUGACGUGCAGAGGCAAUGGGUAUACCUGGAAGGUAUAUUUUCUGGUAGCGCGGACAUCAAACACCUCCUUCCUGUUGAAAGUGCCCGUUUCCAAAACAUCAAUACGGAGUUCUUGACAGUGAUGAAGAAAGUGUACAAGUCUCCUUUCAUCGUCGACGUCAUGAACAUUCCUGGCGUUCAAAAGAGUCUGGAACGUCUAGCCGAUCUGCUUAACAAGAUCCAGAAGGCACUGGGAGAAUAUUUGGAACGGGAGCGUGCCUCAUUCCCGCGGUUCUACUUUGUCGGUGACGAAGAUCUUCUGGAAAUCAUCGGUAACAGCAAGGAGAUCCUUCGCAUCGUGAAGCAUCUGAAGAAGAUGUUUGCGGGCAUCUCCACGAUCAUGCUAGACGAGGAGUUGACACAGAUACAGGGCAUGGCGUCUAGAGAAGGAGAGGAAGUACGUUUCAAGAGUCCAAUAUUCCUCAAGGACUAUCCCAAGAUCAACGAUUGGCUGACCAAGUUGGAGGCUGAAAUGAGGGUUUCGUUGGCACAAUUGCUCUGCGAUGCGGUCGCAGAAUUGCAGACUUUUUAUGGGUCAACUACACCACUUCCACAGGAUCUAUUCAUGGAAUGGAUGGAGAAGUACCCCGCUCAACUGGUGACGCUUGCCGUCCAGGUUGCCUGGACCGCUUCUGUCGAAUCGGCGCUUGGAAGUGACAGUGGCCUCGGUGGACCGCUCGAUACUGUGCGACAAGGUCUUGACCUCCUUGCGGAUGUCGUCCUCACGGAGCUGAGCCCGGUGACGCGGCGAAAAUGCGAGCAUCUCAUCACAGAGCUCGUCCACCAGCGUGAUGUGCUACGCAAUCUCGCACAACAGAAAGUCUCUGAUAACCGAGCUUUCGCGUGGCUGUACCAGAUGCGCUUUUACCUUGAUUCUAGCGUGGACAAUCCAUUGGAUAGGCUUGCCAUUCGCGUCGCCGACGCCACGUUCCCGUAUGGCUGGGAGUACUUGGGUGUGCCCGAUCGUCUUGUGCAGACGCCUUUGACGGACAGGUGCUAUCUCACGUUGACUCAGGCCCUGGAUAGUCAGCUCGGUGGAUCUCCCUUCGGACCGGCAGGCACAGGCAAGACAGAAUCGGUAAAGGCCCUCGGAGUACAGCUUGGACGUUUCGUCCUUGUCUUCUGUUGCGACGAGACGUUCGAUUUCCAAGCCAUGGGCCGCAUAUUCGUCGGUCUUUGUCAAGUAGGGGCAUGGGGCUGUUUCGAUGAAUUCAACCGUCUCGAGGAACGCAUCUUGAGUGCUGUGUCGCAGCAAGUACAGAGCAUCCAGCAGGGACUUGCUUCUCUCGUGAAGAAUCCUAGCACGGAGAUUGAACUUGUCGGAAAGAACGUCAAGCUCAACAAAAAUAUGGGUAUCUUUAUUACUACGAACCCGAAUUAUGCCGGUCGAUCCACUCUUCCUCCAAACCUGACGAAACUCUUCAGGCCCAUGGCCAUGACUCGCCCCGACCGCGAGUUGAUCGCUCAAGUCAUGCUGUUCUCUCAAGGUUUCCGGACCGCUGAGUCCCUUGCAUCCAAGAUCGUUCCGUUCUUCAACCUUUGCGAUGAGCAGCUCUCCCCUCAGCCUCACUAUGACUUCGGUCUCCGAGCUCUGAAGGCAGUCCUCGCUAGCGCGGGUAUACUCAAGCGCGAGCGUCUCCAAGAGUCCCGAGCCGAAGGCGAUGACGUUGAGAACGCGGGUGCAUUGUCAGAUGCUGCAUCUGAGCAGGUCAUUCUCAUCCAGAGUGUGACGGAGACGAUAGUGCCGAAGCUCGUGGCGGAUGACGUGCCACUGCUGACGAGCCUUCUAGCAGAUGUCUUCCCUGGCAUUGAUUACAUACCUGUGAAUCUUGACGCCCUACGGGAGCAGAUUAGCAAGGUAUGCGCCGAACGUCGCUUGGUAGAAGGCGAGCGGUGGGUCUCGAAGAUCCUACAACUGUACCAGAUCCAGAAGAUUCAACAUGGGUUGAUGAUGGUUGGAUCAUCUGGAAGUGGCAAGAGCAAUGCGUGGCAAGUCUUGUUGGCAGCCAUGGAACGGCUCGAUGGAACCGAAGGUGUCGCGUAUGUCAUUGAUCCCAAGGCGAUGCAUAAGGACGCCCUUUACGGUACUCUGGAUCCCACCACUCGUGAAUGGAACGAUGGUCUCUUUACUCACACUCUUCGUAAGAUCGUCGACGAUGUCCGAGGAGAGAGUGGGAAGAGACAUUGGAUCAUUUUCGAUGGUGAUGUUGACCCAGAGUGGGUAGAGAACCUCAACAGCGUUCUCGACGACAAUAAGUUGCUGACUCUCCCCAAUGGAGAACGUCUGAACCUACCGCCCAAUGUGCGCAUCAUGUUCGAGGUGGAGCACUUGAGAUACGCGACCUUGGCUACAGUCAGCCGGUGCGGUAUGAUCUGGUUCAGUGAGGAUGUUGUCGAGCCAAGCAUGGUCUUCCGCCACUAUCUCGAUACACUGGCAAUGGUCCCUCUGGAUGCUGAAGACGAGGAAGUGGACAUUCCCGGCUAUCAUAUGGACGUUCUUUCUUCAGACGAAGCGUCUUCUGCCAACCUCGCAACGCAAAAGCAAGUCGCGAUGAUUUUGGAGCCAUACUUUGUUGAUGAUGGUCUUGUGACGUCUGCUCUCUCCUAUGCCGAGUCUAUCGAGCAUAUCAUGGACUUCACGACUACUCGCGCUCUCAACACCCUCUUCUCCCUCGUCAACAAGACCGUCCGAAACAUCAUCGAAUAUAACUUGCAGCAUUCCGACUUCCCUCUAUCUCUCGAACGGGUUGAGCAGUAUGUCACGAAGCGCCUUCUUGUCAACAUCAUCUGGGCAUUCUCUGGAGAUGCUCGCUUGGAGCUACGUGCGGAAAUGGGUGAAUUCUUGCGUAAGCAAACCGGCGUAGACCUUCCGCCAAUGGGUCAAAGUGGCACAUUGCUCGACUAUGAUGUCCAGGUCAGCAAUGGAGAGUGGUUCGCAUGGCAAUCCCGGGUCCCCAUGAUCGAAAUUGAAGCCCAUGCGGUCACAGCUUCUGAUGUUGUGGUUCCAACUAUCGACACUGUCCGUCACGAGGAAGUUCUGUAUUCCUGGCUCUCUGAACACAAGCCGCUCAUGUUAUGUGGCCCGCCGGGUUCCGGCAAGACGAUGACACUCUUCAGUGCUCUCCGUAAGCUGCCAGAUAUGGAGGUCGUUGGCCUGAAUUUCUCAAGUGCGACAACACCGGAUUUGAUUCUGAAGACAUUUGAGCAAUAUUGCGAGUAUCGCAAGACGCCCAACGGCGUGAUUCUCGCACCCAUUCAGAUCGGACGUUGGCUUGUCGUCUUCUGUGAUGAAAUUAACCUGCCCGCAACGGACAAGUAUGGAACACAGCGUGUAAUCUCAUUCAUUAGGCAGCUAGUGGAGUCUGGAGGAUAUUGGAGGACAUCAGACAUGGCUUGGGUCAAAUUGGAACGAAUUCAGUUCGUCGGUGCCUGCAAUCCUCCCACAGAUCCUGGCCGUGUUCCUCUCAGCCACAGAUUUCUGCGACAUGCUCCAUUGGUCAUGGUGGACUACCCCGGAGAAGUGUCACUCAAACAGAUAUAUGGAACUUAUAAUCGUGCAUUACUCAAAGUGGUUCCGAACCUCCGCACCUACGCAGAACCACUCACAAAUGCUAUGGUCGCGUUGUAUCUCGCCUCUCAGAAGCGCUUCACCACUGAUGUCCAGGCGCACUACGUGUAUAGCCCGCGUGAGCUCACUCGCUGGGUUCGCGGUCUCUAUGAGGCCAUCAAACCGCUGGAAGUCUUAUCUGUAGAGGGUCUUGUGCGCGUCUGGGCACAUGAAGCUUUGCGUCUGUUCCAAGACCGACUUGUAACCGAAGAAGAGAAGCAAUGGACAGACGAAAGUAUUGACAUGGUCGCGAUGGAUAAUUUCCCUACGAUCAAUCGCGAUGAGGCGUUGGCGCGUCCCAUCCUGUUUUCGAACUGGACCUCGAAGGACUACAUUCCAGUCGACCGUGACGUUCUCCGCGAAUACACCAAGGCACGAUUGCGAGUGUUCUAUGAGGAGGAGCUCGAUGUCCCGCUUGUCUUGUUUAACGAUGUUCUGGACCAUGUCCUCCGUAUCGAUCGAGUCUUCAGGCAAAUUCAGGGGCAUCUCCUUUUGAUUGGCGUGAGUGGUAGUGGAAAGACCACAUUGUCACGCUUUGUUGCGUGGAUGAACGGGUUAAAUAUUUUCCAAAUCAAGGUCUCCAACAAAUACACCGGGGAAGACUUCGACGAAGACCUGCGAACUGUGUUGCGUCGUGCAGGCUGCAAAGGAGAGAAAAUAUGCUUCAUCAUGGACGAGUCAAAUGUCCUCGACUCGGGUUUCUUGGAGCGUAUGAACACCCUUCUGGCGAAUGCUGAAGUUCCAGGGCUGUUCGAAGGAGACGAGCAUUCCGCUUUGAUGACAGCUUGCAAGGAGGGUUCUCAACGCGAUGGACUAAUGUUAGACUCUCACGAAGAGCUCUACCGUUGGUUCACCCAACAAGUUGCCAAGAAUCUUCACGUGGUCUUCACCAUGAAUCCUCCAGAAAAUGGACUGGCCUCUCGUGCAGCGACGUCUCCUGCGCUGUUCAACCGUUGCGUCCUUGACUGGUUCGGCGAUUGGUCUGACCAAGCAUUCUACCAAGUUGGCAUGGAGUUCACGCACACUCUUGAUCUUGAUCUGCCAUCAUACAAUCCUCCGGCCAUGUUCCCCAUCGCGUACCGCGAGUUAUCAAUGCCUCCAGAUCAUCGGAAUGCUAUCGCGAACGCAAUGGUCUAUGUGCACGAGUCGCUUCACCAGUUCAAUCAGCGCUUGAGUCGCCGGCAAGGACGAUACAACUACGUCACUCCACGACACUACUUGGACUUCAUCAACCAGUAUGUACGCCUGCACAACGAGAAACGAGAAGAGUUAGAGGAGCAACAGCGCCACCUGCACGUCGGUCUGGACAAGUUGCGGGACACCGUGACACAGGUCGAGGAAUUGCGUAAAAGCCUUGCGAUUAAGCGCACACAGUUAGAGGCCAAAAACGCGGAAGCCAACGAGAAGCUCAAGCGUAUGGUUGCAGACCAACAAGAGGCAGAACAGAAGAAGGCCGCAUCCAUUCAAAUUCAAGCCGCUCUUGCUGAGCAGGAUAAACAUAUCGAGCAACGGCGCGCCGUUGUCAUGGCCGAUCUCGCAGAUGCGGAGCCCGCAGUACUGGACGCUCAAGCUGCUGUGAGUAACAUCAAACGACAGCAUCUGCAGGAAGUACGCACGAUGGCCAAUCCUCCCGAGGCUGUGAAGUUAGCCAUGGAGUCUGUUUGCACACUUCUCGGGCACAAGAUCGAUAGUUGGCGUACCGUUCAAGGUAUCAUUAGGAGGGAUGACUUCAUCCAGAGGAUUGUGAACUUCGACACCACCAAUCAGAUGACGAAGCAUCUGCGCGAUGUCAUGAAGAGAGACUUCCUCAGCCGACCUUCCUACAAUUUCGAGACUGUUCAACGAGCAAGCAAAGCCUGUGGACCUUUGGUCAAGUGGGCAAUCGCUCAGGUUCGAUUCUCCGAGAUUCUCGUCAAGGUGGAGCCUCUGCGUAACGAAGUGCAAUCCCUGGAGGAGCAGGCGGAAAAUACCAAAGAACAGGCGAAGAUGAUUAUCACUAUGAUUUCCGAGUUGGAGGCAAGCAUAGAGAAGUACAAGGAGGAAUAUGCCGCUCUCAUCAGAGAAACGCAAGCGAUCAAGACGGAAAUGGAACGCGUCGAAAGCAAGGUUGAACGAAGCAUGAAACUCCUUGAGAGUUUGUCCUCUGAGAAGUCCAGGUGGGAGUCUGGCAGUCGCACUUUCGAUACGGAAAUGAGCACGAUCGUUGGCGAUGUUCUGUUAUCUGCGGCGUUCUUGGCAUACGGUGGCUUCUUCGAUCAACACUAUCGCGAGGUAAUGUGGCGUGAAUGGUCCAUACAUCUGGCAGAAGCCGGCAUCAAGUUCAAGACGGAGUUGUCACUUCCGGACUACUUAUCCACUGCCGACGAUCGCCUCAGCUGGCAAUCUAAGGGGUUACCAUCCGACAAUUUGUGCACCGAAAAUGCGAUCAUGAUUAAGCGUUUCAGCCGAUAUCCUCUCAUCAUCGACCCUACUGGUCAAGCUACGCAGUUCCUGCUUCACGAGUACAGAGAUCGGAAGAUCACUGUUACGAGCUUCUUGGAUGAAGCAUUCUUGAAGGUGCUCGAGAGCGCAUUACGGUUCGGGAACACCCUGUUGAUCCAAGAUGUCGAGCAUCUGGACCCAAUUCUCAACCCGGUUCUCAACAAAGAGAUUCGCAGAACGGGAGGCCGUGUCCUUAUUCGUCUUGGAAGUCAGGAUAUAGACUUCUCUCCAUCAUUCACAAUGUUCCUAUCCACACGGGACCCAUCUGUAGAAUUUUCUCCGGACAUCUGCAGUCGAGUGACGUUCGUGAACUUCACGAUGACAAGGAGUAGUUUACAGAGCCAAUCUCUAGAUCAAGUUCUCAAAGUCGAGCGGCCUGAUACAGAGCGGAAGCGGACGGACUUGAUGAAGACGCAAGGCGAGUUCCGCCUACGUCUGAGGACCCUAGAGAAGCUAUUACUCCAGGCGCUCAAUGAGUCUACUGGAAAUAUUCUCGACGACGAUAAAGUCAUCGAUACCCUAGAAACUCUCAAACGAGAGGCGGCGGAGAUUACUCACAAAGUGGAAGAGACUGAUCUCGUCAUGAAAGAGGUAGAACAGGUCACAGCGGAAUAUCUCCCGUUAGCGCAAGCCUGCAGCGCCGUCUUCUUCAUCCUGGAACAGUUGAAUCUCGUCAAUCAUUUCUAUCAAUUCUCCUUAAGAUUCUUUCUCGAUAUAUUCGACUAUGUCCUGCAUCAUAAUCCCAACCUGGAGAACGUUGCCGACCACAAUCGACGCAGAGAGAUCCUCUUGAAUGACUUGUUCCUCAUGGUCUACAAGAGAACUUCCCGAGCGUUGUUACAUCGAGAUCAUGUCAUGUUGGCAGUAUUAUUGGCGCAAGUGAAAUUGCGCGGAGUGGAGGAGAUCGCGGAUGAGCUCGAAUACCUGCUGGAGAGUGGUGACGGUCCUGUCGCCAUCGGAUCUGAGAAUGCCGAUUUGCAGUAUUGUUCCUUCCUCACGAUGGAGCAGAAGCAACGUCUGGAAAUUUAUGCUAAACACCCGCUAUUCGAACCCGUGGUGACUCACGUUGUCCAACAUGAAGAACAGUGGAUUCCCUUCCUCGAAUCCCCCAACCCCGAGCAAUGUGUUCCCUCACCGUGGGAUCCAAGUACACCGGCUGUUGAGGCAAUUCGGCGGAUGCUCAUUAUCAAGUGUCUUCGUCCCGAUCGGCUGCUGCAAACAACAGCAGCAUUCGUCCGUAUGGUCUUCAAUAUCGACCUAAACGCUGAGUCCGUCUACGAUCUUGGGUCAAUGGUGACAGACGAAGUCCAGCCAGCAACCCCGUUGUCAUUGGUCUCUGUCACUGGGUACGAUGCAAGUUAUCGUGUAGAGAAUCUUGUGAAGAACACGAGUGCACGAUGCGCAUCGGUCGCUAUGGGCUCACAGGAAGGCUUCACGCUGGCUGAUCAGGCUAUCGCGUUCGCUGCUCGCCAAGGGACGUGGGUAUUGCUCAAGAAUGUUCAUCUCGCACCUUCGUGGCUCGGUCAACUCGAGAAGAAGCUGCAGACACUCAAUCCUCAUAGAAACUUCCGUCUGUUCCUUACUAUGGAAGCGAACCCCAGCAUUCCUGUGAACAUCCUCCGUCAGUCGAGGAUCCUGAUGAACGAGCCACCUCCGGGUAUCAAAGCUAAUCUGUCUGACUCACUGCGUAGCAUAUCCUCCUCCCGUUUAACGCAAGGUCCUGCCGAGAAAGCUCGUUUGUACUUCCUUCUCGCCUGGUUCCAUGCUGUGGUACAAGAGCGUCUGCGCUACGUGCCGCUUGGCUGGAGCAAGGUCUAUGACUUCAACGACUCUGAUAUGGCUGCUGCUUUCGAUACGAUUGACGCCUGGAUCAAUGCCGUUGCAAAAGGUCGUGCUAAUAUUGAUCCUGCCAUCAUUCCAUGGGACGCCGUUCGAACGCUCGUCAAACAGUGCGUGUAUGGUGGUAGAGUGGAUAGCGACUUCGAUCAGAAGAUCCUGGAUGCUUUCGUUGACGGACUGUUCACUCCAUCGGCUUACAACGUCGAUUUCGACCUUGUGCCUAGCACAACGGGUUCUCGAGUCCUUGGCGUGCCCGAUGGAACCAAGCUCGACCACUUCCUGGCGUGGACGCAGAAGCUCCCUGAAUUAGAGCCGCCGUCAUGGCUCAGCUUGCCACCAACUGCGGAACGCGUGAUCGCCGUUGCUCAAGGAAACGAGCUUCUCGGGAAGCUUCGCAAGAUGAGGAUGCUUGCUGAUGACGAAGAUGAGGCAGCAGGUGUGAAUGCUGGCCCCUCCAAGGGACAAGUAUCCCAGCAGCCCGCCUGGAUGAGGCACUUGUUGGAGCGAUGCCGGGAAUGGCUGGAGCAGCUGCCGUCGAGCUUCAACACCCUCCAGAAGCAGAGCGGCGAGAACCUAGACCCUCUGUACCGGUUGUUCUAUCGUGAAGGGAGUAUCGGAAGCAAGCUUCUUUCUCAAGUGCGCAGGGAUCUGGCAGACGUUGUCAAAGUCUGCGAAGGUGCUCUCAAGCAGACCAACCACCUUCGUACAUUGAUGAGCUCGUUGACCAAGGGUACCAUACCCGACCACUGGAGACAGUACAAGGUCCACAAAGCGAUGGCAGUCUCCGGUUGGAUCCCCGACUUUGCGCGCCGGCUGGGACAGCUCGAUCAGAUCGCAGGCUUGGACAAUCUCAGCAAUGUCGAAGUCUGGCUAGGUGGACUCUUCUUUCCGGAAGCGUAUAUCACUGCAACUCGCCAGGCUGUCGCGCACAGGAAGAAGUGGAGUCUCGAGACUUUGCACCUCAAGCUCGACAUCGAGAAAGUCAAUGAUCCUGGAGCGUUCAUUGUGGAUGGUCUUGUAUUAGAAGGUGCCACAUGGGAUUCGGAGAAGCUCGUACUGAGCGAUGGAGAGGCUGUCCGCCUCAACCCCUCUCAGAUACGUUGGGUGCAAGCAGACGAUACGACACCCGUAGGCACGGUGAACCUUCCCAUCUAUCUCAACAACGACAGAAGCCAUGUUCUCUUCACGGUGGACCUUCCGUUCGAUAGCGCAGCAGGUGCUUUGGUGGCCACUAGAGCGGUGUGUCUUACGGCAGGCGGUUAGAACACGUACGGCAUAGAGUGUUAGAUUACCGACGAUACCCGCAUGUCUGUCGACGAUACCUGUACGACUCACUAUACUGGAUGU